AGAUAGAAAAUUAUUGGAUACUUUCAUCCCCCAAAAAAAGUUGGCAUUGUGGUAGGCCCGUCAUUAUUGACGUGGAGCACCCAAUAAUUUCUCAACAAACUCGCCGGAGAGAGAGAAGAGAGAGCAGUAAUAGAAGUCCGGUUGUGGAGAUCGCCGGAGAGGCCUAUGAUUGCAGACCUAAUAACCCCCAAACCCUAAUCUAUCCAAGAGUCGUCCUCCACAGAUCUCUUUCUCUCUGUCUCUUUCUUUCUUCUACUUCUUCUUCUUUCCAUCUCCUAAAAUUCACGGAUUUCGUGAAAUUCAUUCAAGAAAUCACCAGCUGAUAAAUCAUACCCAGAUGAAAUCAGCGAAGCUUCACCAAGAUGAGGAAGAAGACGUAGACGAAGAGUUCGUUUCCCACAAAGAAACCCCCUCUUCCAAUAAUAAAGAUUGUAAGAACAACGACAAAGCCACUGCCACACGCUCAAAGCAUUCUGUCACAGAGCAGCGUCGAAGGAGUAAAAUCAAUGAGAGAUUUCAGUUACUGAGAGAGCUCAUACCUCAUAGUGAUCAGAAGAGAGAUACAGCAUCAUUCCUGUUGGAGGUGAUUGAGCAUGUUCAAUAUUUGCAGGAAAAGGUACAAAAGUAUGAGGGAUCGUAUCAAGGGUGGAGUUUGGAGCCUACAAAGCUGAUGCCAUGGAGAAAUAGUCACUGGCGCGUUCAGAGUUUUGGUGGACAUCCUCAAGCCAUAAAGAAUGGUUCUGAUCCAGGUUCAACAUUUGCCGGGAGUUUUAAUGAGAAUAAUAUCACUAUUUCUCCAACUCCGCACCCAAACCAGCUGAAUACAAUUGCAUCUGAUUCUAGUAGAGAUCUCUCUGGCAAAACAGUGGGUCAGCAACCUGAAUUAGCAAACAAGUCGUUAGCCAUGCCUAUGACUUUGCAGGCAAGUGUGCCUGCUCAUAUUCAAGGUGAUGGUGUGCUUCCCCAUCCUCUUCAGAGAUCAAUAUCUGACACACAAUCGACUGAGAUCAUGAGUGAUGCAUUAAAUCAACCAGAGGAGUUGAUGAUUGAAGGGGGAACAAUUAGCAUUACAAAUGUUUACUCUCAAGGGCUACUGAAUAAUCUGACUCAAGCACUUGAGAGUGCGGGUGUUGAUCUGUCCCAGGCCACUAUCUCAGUGCAGAUUGAUCUAGGGAAGCGAGCAAAUGGAGGACUGAUGUCUGGUAUAUCUAUUCCUAAGUAUCUCUCCAGGAUCCUACAAAUACUCCUCUGCAUCAACCAAUUGGACAUUUUAGGGAUGCAAGCAAUGGUGAGGACCCCGAUCAAGCACAAAAGAGGGUGAAGAUAUGACUAGAGGAGUGUAUCAGUCGGAUGAAGCUUGAUGAGAAGCAUCUUUAACCGGGCUUGUAAUUGUUGAUUACGUAAAGAUGGUUCAAUCUGGAUGUGACAGAAGACUUACUUCUCAGCAACUAUUGACUCAUAAGCCGCUACACAUUAUCUGUAUAAGUUUUAUGGUCUGUUUGAUGACAAAUUAAUGGAAAGGUGUCGGGUGCUUACGGAGUAGAGUUACGUUUGGUAGGGUACUUAUUGUUUUUCUGCUGGUUAUCUCAUUAAACAAGCUGCUGUGAAAUUUUGUUUCAUAGGAAAUCCUCUCUGCAUCGCAUCGUGCUGUGUUGGAUCUCUAGAAAGAGAUGAUUUGGAUAUUGAAACAAUUUACUGCUCCUCCCAGGUGAAUAGACGCAAAAGUGGAUUAGAUUUUGUUACUACUUAUAGAAACUGCUGCAGCAUUUUUUUCUUCUUCUGUUUCACCAUUUGUUUUCAUGCAAGUUUACACAGCAUACAUUCAAAUUUUUUAUUUUUUUUUUAAGACCAUUAACAAUCGCAGUUGUGAA